AUGGUUAAAGUCUUCCUUACUGGUGGCAGCGGCUUCAUUGCCGCCCAUGUCCUCAACAUUUUGAUUGAGCAUGGAUUCGAGGUGGUAACCACCGUCCGAUCCAAGGAAAAGGGCGACAAGAUUCUCGAGGCAUAUCCCAAUCUCUCAAAAGACAAGUUGUCCUACGUCAUUGUCGAGGACAUUGCUAAAGAAGGCGCUUUCGACGAGGCACUCAAAAGUGGACCAGCUUUUGACUAUGUCAUUCACACGGCCUCACCCUUCCACUAUAACUUCACGGACCCGGUCAAGGAGAUUCUCGAUCCUGCUAUCAACGGCACAACUGGAAUCCUCAAGGCUAUCAAGUCUUAUGUACCUUCCGUGAAGCGAGUGGUGAUCACCUCUUCUUUUGCUGCGAUUACGCAUGCACCCAACCACCUCAAACUCUACGAUGAGUCCGUAUGGAACCCCGUUACAUACGAAGAGGCUACCAAAGACAACAAAUUCACCACAUACAGAGCUAGCAAGACAUUUGCUGAAAGAGCAGCAUGGGAAUUCGUGGAGAAAGAAAAGCCCAACUUUGAUCUCGCCACUAUCAACCCUCCCUUUGUCUUUGGCCCGGUUAUCGGCUAUCUAAACAGCCUCGACAAUCUCAACACUUCCAACCAACUGAUCACAGAUUUUGCCCUCGGCAAGAAGAAGGACGACACUAAACCAACAGAAAGCGUGCAAUGGGUCGAUGUUCGCGACGUGGCUCUUGCCCACGUCAAGGCCAUCGAAGUCGCAGAAGCUGGUGGCAAGCGUUUCUUCACAACCGCUGGGUUCUUGACCAAUAAGGACCUUGUAGAUACCAUCCGCGAGACACAGCCAAAGUAUGCAUCCAACUUGCCAACGUACGAAAACGUUGGGGAAGUUUCUUAUCCGUUUGACUAUGAUAACUCGAGGGUUCGCAAUGUUCUUGGUGUUCAGUUCAAGUCGAUCAAAGAAUCAGUUGGCGACACUCUUGCUUCACUUGUGAAAGUGGGCUUCAGCCACAAGUAUACGGCCAUGGCGACCUCAAAACUUUCGCCAACGGCUAAUCUACUGAGGAACUCUCGUCUUUUUGCAUUACCCUCAGCAUUGGCUCCUCCGCCGCGACCAGUCACAUCCAAAAUCGUCAACGAGUCGGCUUCCGCAACUCUCCCACAUCCUACUAGAGCUGCCAUCGAAACACCACCAGCCGCUCUUUAUCAAGGCGAUUGGGGCUUGAAAAGAGCAUUGCCGGCAAAAUCUACGAUCGAGAGGUCCAGCAAACCCGUCAUCCGCGUCAACGCGCUUGAUACCUUUGAACAUGUUACCGAUUUCGAUUCCGCAGGAGAUCACACCAUGACCCUGAUGAAGUUUCAGGAACUCCAUCUCCCUGUUUCUUUGCCUCCACCCGCCCGAAAGAGCCGAGCAGAUAUUGGUAGGCGCCAUGAGAGUCCCUUUGAAUCCCGGGUCGACAACGUCUCCGCUAGUGAGGGCGCGAAGGAGCGUGGUGCUCAACUAUAUCGGCAAUCCGGUCCAUGGCUGGGAGGUCAAUCCGAGAUCCAGUUCCAAGCCUAUUUGCAUUCACUACGCCGCCGAAGACCUGAACUGUUGAAACAAUUGCGAGAGCAGUACGAAAACAAAUUGACCGUUGAGCGUAGAAAGAAAGCGCAGGAUGAAGGUGGCUUGGACGCUGAUCAAACCAUUGAACCAGUCAAAGUCACAGAUGAGGAAUUCCAGACUUGGUUGAAAAGAUUGCGAACGGAUAAGAGAUUAGCUGGUCCUGAGCUGAGUCGUCUGCUGGAUCUUCACACUUUGUCAUCUGAUAUUCCCUCCAUGUACUUGGGUAGGAGUGACUAUUACGAAGCGAACGCGAAUAAGUUGGCUUCCAUCGACUAUGCCAGCCAAGGACCACCAAGAACCCAUCCGUCAGCGGGCCUUGCAUACACUCGAUCUGGCGCGAUUAUUUCCAACCAUCCCUUAUAUGGACCUCAACAAGCCAUGCGCCCCGUUGAAGCUCGAGUUUUGGCCGCCAAGACAAGGAAACGACGAUACAAGCGUCGACCCGUUCUCGGUGUUGCCGGUAUAGCGUACGAAGAUGAACACGAUGGCACUGAAGAUCAUCUUAGAGGUGUCGAGUAUCUCGAUCCCUCGAUUCCCGGUGGUGGCAGAGUCUGGGUUUCUCCCAAACGAGUCUCGAUCUCUUCUCAGGGUACAAUCAAUCUGGAAGCUACCAGGGCUGAAAGGGAUCUUUUGGCGCCUUAUGGAGUUUCGAACUAUGAGCCCAAAAGAACAACCAAUAUAUCUCAAGCAGCACAGUCGACGCAACGCAGUGUUCCUCAACUUGAUUAG